CAGCAGCAGAGCUCAGACAGGAACAGCUGAAAAAGAACAACAAAGCCACGACGACGACGACAGCAGCACAAACAACAGAUGUUCGCCUAAAACACCACCCAAACACUGGUGACACCGGGUCCUUUCGUGCCAUUAAACAUUCCUAAAACGUCGUUCGCCAAGAUCAGACAAUGGGACGCAUCUUCUUGGACCACAUUGGUGGAACGCGCCUCUUCUCCUGCGCUAACUGUGACACCAUCCUCACGAAUCGGUCUGAGCUCAUCUCGACGCGCUUCACUGGAGCCACGGGCAGAGCUUUCCUCUUCAAUAAGGUGGUGAACCUCCAGUAUAGCGAGGUUCAGGACAGAGUGAUGCUGACCGGCAGGCACAUGGUGAGAGACGUCAGCUGCAAGAACUGCAACAGCAAGCUGGGCUGGAUCUAUGAAUUUGCCACCGAGGACAGUCAGCGGUACAAGGAGGGACGUGUCAUCCUGGAGAGGGCGCUGGUUAGGGAGAGCGAGGGAUUUGAAGAGCAUGUCCCCUCAGACAACUCCUGAGCCCCUGAAGUUGGAUUAACUCCUGUGUACUCCCCUUCCCUAUCCUUUAUCCCCUUGCCACUGUGCUGCAUAGCGCCACCUGCAGACUUAGUGGUCAGUGAAGUUUUGGCUGACCGACACUCCCAAUUCCCUACAUCCUCUCCUUGUCUCUGGCCUAUGACCGUAAACCUCUGCUGAUUAGAUGAUUGGCUUGCUGGAUCUGUUCUUGCUGAAUAGCUUGCAUCCUCAAAAUACUCCCUGAUUCACAUAUCACAGCCUGGGCUCCUCCUCCUCCACCUCCUCUUAGAAUAGCUGGGCACACUCUAACCUCAUGUGUCACACAGAAUUUUCUCCAUCUCUGCACAAGGCAUGCUUCCAAACCUCUUUUAUAUACAGUUCAAAGCAUGAUAAUAGACAUCGUCAGUCACAUAAGAAAUAUCCUAUGGUUGUUUUGCCAAUUUCAAUAACUGGAGGCAUAAAGGCCUUUGCACAUCAACAAGGACACAAAUAAACACAAUCACAAUACACGUACAAAUUAUAAAACAGGUUGGUGCUCAGUCAUGUUACUGAAUUUGUGGGAAAUUCAAUAAUACACUGAACGCUGCAUUGACCUGAUACAUGUGUGCAAAGGCCUUUACAGUCGAGUGAGUUUGUCCCCCUCCAGCCCAGUCGACGCAGUAAUGAUAUCACUGCACAUUUCCUUUGUGGGGCUUCUGUGUUGUGCUGUAUUUGUCAUUGGUGAGCGAUUCGCGACGAUGACAGUUGUCAUUUCAGUGACCUUUUUUCUAGCUGGUGUUGUAAUGGAUGUGUUAGUGUUUUUUGAACCGCACAGAUUCACGCCAUAAGUAUUCACUUUUGUGUGCCGUUCCAUCUCGAUUCGGCUCACGUGAUGUGCAGUUAUUGAGAGUGACAUCGCGCGACGCAGUUGACAUGAUCGAAAAGUGGCGUAAAUGUGUUGAAGAGAAACACAGAAUUAACCCCACCGUUUCACUGGGUUCUACCAAUCUGUUACCUUGGUUUGUGUGUGUGAGGUGUGAUGGAGACGCUCACUGGCUGCCGCUGGCUGCAGGACAGGAUCACGAGAGGAUGGGUCAUGUGGACGUUUGAAGUGAGCUGGGGGACAGUGGGACUUGAACUUGAAUGACACAGAUUUGAAGUGUCUUUUUGAAACGACAACAAACCAGUCUGUUUUUUGAACUCUCUUUAUUCUAACAGUGGAAUCCUGAGGCUGCCUCCUAUAGGCCAGGGCUGUUCUAAAAUUACUUCUUCCUGCCAAAAAAAAUUUACAUUGUUAGAGUCAAGCCUGUGUCUCUCUCUCUGACAAGACCGGAGACUUUUUUUUAUACCGUCUUUUGUCCUGCAAAGGUUUCAAAAUGUCACACUGUUAAAAAUAAAUUAUCUCACUUUACCUGACAUUUGAGAGUAUUUCUGGACUGGCUUGUUGCACAGCAUCCAUCACGGCCCUGGUGUAACAAUGUGCCAUUUCAGAGGUUGGAUGCCUGCAGGCUUUAGCAGAAUACUGCGGCCUCCACAUGUGACUCUGUUAAAGUUUCUGCUCGCCGUUGUACGGCCACGCAGGACAGUGCCAGCUUUAAUUUCAACAAAGAAGAAGAAAAAUUAUGUCCUCAAUGGCCAUAGAUAUAUACAGUAUAUAGUACAGAUAUCAUUUACUGCUCACUUUUAGUAUUUUAUUGAUUUUAUUUGCCUUAUAAUUAUUAUCAUUAUUGUUUUAUUGACUGAUACAUUUAUCUUACUGUAUGGUUUCCUGAUAAUUUUUUUUAAAGUGAUUUCUUGUAUGGCUAAAGGAAGAUUUUCUCUGAUGUGGUUUCUAAAUAAAGAUACAGUCUUGCUGGGUUCACUUA